AUGCCUGCCAUGCUGUCAACGACUUUGAUUACGUCUCUCUAUCCGGUCAAGGUCCAUGUAACCACCGUCCACGUGCUGAGAUCUCGUCAGACCAGGUUGGGGGGGGGGAAGAGUCGAACCUGGGCUGCGUAUGCUCAACUCGGCACAACCUUUGGAUACUCUCACACCCCUUUCUCGGUGCGUCGCGGCAAGGACGAGAGAGAGAAUGGACAGAUCGAGCCGCCGCACCAAUAA